UCAGAAGUAGAGCGCAGUGCGGCCCGAGUGAUUCCGAGCGUUGAGCGCGAAGGCCCUGCCGAAAGGUGCGCCACGUGUCCCGAAACUCAGCCGCCGCGCUGCCCAGCGGAUCCUCCUUCCUCCCUGGGGUGCCCGCGGCUAUGUUUAACCGCGCCGUGAGUCGGCUGAGCAGGAAGCGGCCGCCGUCAGACAUCCACGACAGUGAUGGGAGUUCCAGCAGCAGCCACCAGAAUCCCAAGAGCACAGCCAAAUGGGCGGCUUCUCUGGAGAAUCUGCUUGAAGACCCGGAAGGCGUGAAAAGAUUUAGGGAAUUUUUAAAAAAGGAAUUCAGUGAAGAAAAUGUUUUAUUUUGGCUAGCAUGUGAAGAUUUUAAGAAAACACAAGAUAAAAAGCAGAUGCAGGAAAAGGCAAAGGAGAUCUACAUGACCUUUCUGUCCAGCAAGGCCUCUUCACAAGUCAACGUCGAGGGCCAGUCCCGGCUCAGUGAGACGAUACUGGAGGAACCGCACCCACUGAUGUUCCAGAAGCUCCAGGACCAGAUCUUCAACCUUAUGAAGUAUGACAGCUACAGCCGAUUCUUAAAGUCUGACUUGUUCUUAAAACACAAGCGAACGGAGGAAGAGGACGAAGAUCCACCCGAUGCCCAGACUGCAGCGAAAAGAGCUUCGAGAAUUUAUAAUACAUGAGCCCUCAAGACACCGGCAAGAAUGGCAGCUUUCGGAAGUGAAGGAACUCACUCUCAGGACCGUGCAGGGUUUAUAACCUCUUUGUUAUCUGCAAGGACUGACAUGUGCAAAACCCUUCCAUGGGAUAUGUGUAUUUUAUUACCUGCUUGACCAGUAAGUUUUGCAUGAUGGCUAAUCUUACAUAAAAAGACAAAUAGCUUUGAAGUUUUAGUUCUCACACACACACAAAGGGGGAAGAGUCCUUAAAACACUGGACAGUUUGAGUAUUUUACAGCUUGAUUAAACUUCAUGUGAGGCCACCAGGUGAAACUUAACAGCCACCUCUUACCUAUGAAGUCUUUGCCCUGCCUCGGUGGGUGGGUCACAUGUGUCCGCAGAUUCACUUGGUGAAUCAGGUCAAGAAUGAACUGAUCUGACAAACUCAGGUCACUGGGGGUUUGUCUGUCAGGUGCCUCUUGGGUUAAAUACUUCUAGAGAGUAAGUUCAGUGCUGGGGAAAGGAAAUUCAUCACAGCCUCUAAAGGUCUGGGGAGCUGCGUGUGGGUAUCAUCAGAGGGCUCUUAUUUCUUGCGCGUGGGUUUGUCCUGGUUUUGCCCAUAAUCCGUGACAUUUCGUGCAACAAAGAUAAAUAGUUCAUUUUGACAGAAACAAGAUCUCAACCGGGAAGAAAGACAAAUGGGAGACUGUUCAGGGUCCCCAUGGUGAUGCAAGGUGGUGCUGAAUGGGAUGGUGGCACUGGCCCGUGCUGAUGAUGGAGUUGGGGGGAUGUUCCCUUCUCUUGCAGCCCAUUUGGUGAAACCCUUUCUUCUUGGUGCCUACCCCUUGCUAGACUUGUUAACUCUGGGCUUGAGACUUCAACCAGAGGAAGGAAAUGCUGUCUUUGGAAGUCCCCUGUUGGGUGAAGAGGCUGUGAGUGAAAUCCUGCUGGGCCCAGGUACCCCCAGCGGAGCCCAAGGUCAGGUGCAGUUCCCUUCUGCUCAUUGUUCCUGCCAUCUGCUGCUGCCAGACCUUCUCCAGCAUGUUUGCCAAAACUUAAACUCCUGUUUGUACAAACAAAGCAACCAGACUCUUUCUUGAGAGCCUUCCAAGUCAGACGUUCCCAUUUGCAAAAUUCCCUGCUGUUGAGCAUGACUGUAUGAUUUAUCAAUCAAACCGGGACACUUGAGAGAGAAGGGGAGUGAGCUUAAUCAUUACGCUGGGAUAAUAGGCAUCAGCUGGUUCUGUUCUCGGUGAAACCAGUUUGCAUAGUCACCCUACUGACCACCCUCUCCUAGGGCGACCACUUGGGCCGUUCCCCGGAUUCUCACUGUCCAUU